AUGCCGCCCUGCCGCCCUGCUGUCCUGCUGUCGCUUUGCCGGCACACAGCACUUGCGCUAAUGCAGGAACAACCAGCUGCCAGUGGGGAUCGGCAAGCAGCUGUGGGCCAACCGCAGCCCUCCUCCCAUCAAUUGAUGUCGUGCCAAUAUCCACCCUCGCCUGGCCAGUCGGACCCAGAACCCCCAGGAUAUCUUCAUGCCCGGACACCGUCCACAGCCACGAUUGUCAUCACACGCACCCUCGUCUCGUCGGUCCCUCAGGCAGGGCCACUCCAUCCACGGCCAGGCCACGCCAGGCCGCGCCAGCAGACAGCCAGACAGCCAGACCCGGCCGAUACAUGGGCCAUCGUCGUUGCACGAUGCCCAGAUGUCCGCGAGGUUGCAGGGACCGUCAUGGCUUCAUCGGGGAAUUUGGCCCUUGCACAACCAGGGAAUCGUGGGCCACAUUGUCUUGGCAGCCAUUCCCCUUUCGACCUCUGCAACGGCGCCAUGUCCUGCUUCCAGAACUCCAGGCCCACAUCCAGUGCUCGCUACGACGACCCUCUCCCGCACCAGUCUCCCAGUCUCCCCACAGAGAGGGUCCCCGAGCCGACUUCGCCGCCAUUUCUAUUUGCGGCGCCCAUCAGGAAUCUGUGGGAUCUGAGUGUUCCCGAAAAAGAAAAAAAGAGAAAAAAAAGAAUCGGCGGAUGCAAUGUCGAGGGCCGCGGUCGUGGUCGUGGCUACGGAUCUGGUUAUGGGGGCGGGAGGGCCAUAAUCCCGUGCCAGGACGAGUUCCUCAAGGAUAUCGAGGGAUAUCGAGUCAAUCCAUCACCAACACCACUCGCGCUCAAGCCCACCAAAGGCUGCUCGGCUCAACACAAGCACUUCCCCAAGGCCCGGCUAACUUCUUUGGAGCUGACUCCCGCUAGUGCCGUCCGUGGUGAUGGUGGUAAUGGAUGCACCUUUGGAUGCGCCUCGCCAGGUCCUGUGCACCGGCUCAACACCGUCGAUGUCGGAGGGGCCCUCGGUGCACGAGAUGGCGCAAGCCAUCGGCGGGCAUUAGUCAUUGGUAUUGAACGACUUGCCGGCUGCAGAGCGAAGGCGCAGCGUCCAACAGCUUACAUGAUCUCGCCCAACGACUUCGGAUGA